AUAUACAUCCCAUUGGUUUGGUGUAAUGAAAGGCCUGGCCCUGUUGGAGCCAAUUGAUUAGCAUGUUGUUGGUCAUUGGACUGUGUUCAAUGGGGCAGAAAGCCAGUCCUGCUGCAGCAGAAGCAGUAACUCUCUCUGAUCCCCUAACUGCUGCUCUGACCUUUCACUCUUAGGCAGAAUAUAUGCAAUCAGUCACCUCGGCAUCACAACACCAACCGGGUGACAUCACUCAAACAUAUGCAUGCAUCAGGGAGUAAAAACAUCCUGCCUGGGUUAAAGAUCACUGAGUAACUGACUAAUAUGUAGAGACCUUGGCUGGAAAUGCAUACACACAGAUACAGUGAUGGUGAGAAUACUACUGAAGUUAUUUUAGCCUGACAGUCAAAGGGUACAGUAGUAUUGCAAUGAUGUUAUGUUCAAAAGCUUUUCUGAUAUUCAGACGUUCUAGAAAAGCAUGAAUCUCUAUUUCCUGUAUUUCAAUGUUGUCUGGAGACUUUUUCCAGUCUGUGAUGCAUGCUGUCAUAUCAGUACUGUAGAGCACACAGCACCCAGCCUAUCUUUCCAGAUCUAUCUGGUGUCCACUUCUGUAACUGUAACCCAAUUAAAGCAGAGCAAUGGCUCUCAUUAUUGAAACUGAGAGGCAACAGCCACUAACAGGCUGUUCUGUGCCUUUCAAAUCUGCAGAAACAUUUAACAUAGAUGUAAAGGUGGAAAUAUUCUGUUUCUCUUGUUCUGUAAAUAUUGAUUCUGCGCUCCACCAGGUGUACUGUUGUAGCAGCAACUAAUGAGGAUCCUAAUAAAAUACUACAUAUGAGAGUAGUCAGGCCAAAUACAUCAACAAUGAGAAGUGAACACUUUAUGUCGUGUACCUUUUGGAAAUCACCCAUCCUUAGCUGACUGGGGCUGGGUUAGGGGAACAGGCCCUGCCGGACUCGCCUUGCCUUAGCUGGCUGGGGACUCGCCUUGCCUUAGCUGGCUGGGGACUCGCCUUGCCUUAGCUGGCUGGGGACUCGCCUUGCCUUAGCUGGCUGGGGACUCGCCUUGCCUUGCUGUCCACAUCCUCUUGUUUCUGCUGUCCUGUCGCAUUCUGUAUGAGACAUCUCGAGGGAUCCUCCUCGUGGCGCCCGCACAUAUAAAACCAGUGGUGUGCAACUCCCGGACACUGAGUCCAGCCUCGCCCCACGCACGCGCCACCGCUUAAUGGAUGCUUCAGCAGUUCAGCAUCCUCUGCCCCGACCAGCUCAGCGGAAUUAACGGCACGACAGCUACCGGACAAAAGAUCUCUCCUCUUCUUUAUAGACGGGUGCCAAGGACCACACCCAUUCCGGCAAGAGCUCUGGUUCUCUGGGGAUGCGCCUGGUGCAUGUCCUGUAAGGGACACAGUUGCCAUUAGGGAGAAAGCAGAGGAUGGAGUGUGAGGAAAGGACGUGAAAUUAGGAAAACAACAGCAGGUGCAGGCUGCCAGUGCUGAAACUGCUCCAGGGUGUUGGUCAGCAGAGCUGCAGACUACUUGUCUGUCUGUCUGUCUGUCUGUCUGUCUGUCUGGGUGAGCAGGACAGGAGGAGGAAUGGCUAACAGGGGACCCAGUUACGGGCUGAGCAAGGAGGUGCAAGAGAAGAUAGAGCUGAAGUAUAAUCUAGACUUGGAGGCCCGGCUGGUGGACUGGAUCGUAGCUCAGUGUGGGGGGAACCUGGAGAGACCACAGCCAGGCAGACAGAACUUCCAGACAUGGCUGAUGGAUGGAACAAUUCUGUGUAGGCUCAUCAAUAGCCUGUACCCGCGUGGUAAUGAGCCCAUCAAGAAGAUUCUGGAGACCCAGAUGGCCUUUAAGCAGAUGGAGAAGAUCUCCCAGUUCCUGCAGGCUGCCGAGACCUACGGAGUCAUCACCACAGACAUCUUCCAGACCGUGGACCUGUGGGAAGGGAAGGACAUGGCUGCUGUGCAGAGAACCCUGAUGGCCCUAGGUAGUGUUGCCCUCACCAAGGACGAUGGACAUUACCGUGGCGACCGCGACUGGUUCCACAGGAAAGCCCAGGGUUACCGGCGAGAGUUCUCUGAGGACCAGCUUCGUCAAGGCCAGAGUCUGAUUGGUCUGCAGAUGGGAAGCAACCGCGGGGCCUCUCAGUCCGGCAUGACAGGCUACGGAUCGCACCGCCAGAUCAUGUAGAGACACCUGCCAGCCGCUCAGCCAGCUGCCAGCCGCUCCCUCAGCAUGGCUGUGUACUCCAGAAGAAAGCUCCAUCACUCCCCUGGAACCUCAUGAUAUGACCCAACCACUUUUCCCCUUUCCCCAGAAGCACUAGCAAAUCACACGCGCACACACACACACAAGCUUUUACUGUUCAUCCUCAAUCCAAACAGAGUGCUCCUUAUACCCCAACCACAAUUCUAUAGACCUCAGUGCUUUCUGCUUCCCCCACCCCCGCUCUCCAUCCAUAUGGUCCCACUCUCUCCAUCCAUAUGGUCCCACUCUCUCCAUCCAUAUGGUCCCACUCUCUCCAUCCAUAUGGUCCCACUCUCUCCAUCCAUAUGGUCCCACUCUCUCCAUCCAUAUGGUCCCACUCUCUCCAUCCAUAUGGUCCCACUCUCUCCAUCCAUAUGGUCCCACUCUCUCCAUCCAUAUGGUCCCACUCUCUCCAUCCAUAUGGUCCCACUCUCUCCAUCCAUAUGGUCCUGCUAGCCAUUCCCUUCAGUGGAUGAAGUCUUCGUAAUUCAGUCGGUACAGAGAACCCAAGAUUGAAGUCAUCCUUCUACAAAACAAGCAAAUACUAUUUUACACUUCUAACAAAUAUUACAGCACGACAACGUUAUAGCAUGUUACAUAUUUUAAUUAGCUCUUUGUUUGUUUGUGUGUACAGUAGGUGUGUGAGUCAUUGUAUAGUCAUUUGGGAGGGUUUGCUAUACCUCAUGAAAAGUUUAAUGUGUAACCAAAUGGAAUUCAGUGAACGAUGAUGCCUCUGCUGUCUUGUGUCAAUAUGUGAAGACUUUGCGGUAACUUCUGUAACCAAAUGACCAUCACAUUGUGCCUGGUUAAUAUAGUAAAGGGACCAUAAACGAUGCCUUGUAUAAGAGAUGCCACCCACCCUAAUGCAGAGGAAUCCAUACACCUAAAUUCAGUUCUGUUUUUGUACUAACAUUCUGUGCUGUGCAUGUAUUACUUAUGUAUAAUUGGUGUAAUGUACUUGUAUGUGUCCACUGUCCAUGUGUGUUUCAGCCAAUCCCAUGAUUGUUAAAGACCCACAGUAUGAAAGCGACACUAGGAUCAUUUUGUUCUAGGCCUGAUAUUGCUUGAAUGUAUUUUUUCCCCCUUCAAUAUAAUUUGUCAUGUUUACAUAAAAAAAUAUGUUUAUAUCUGAAUCAUUAUGUGUAGAAAACAUAAUAAAUAGGUGAAAACUGA